AUGGAUAAAUUCGAAUUCCUGACCGCAGCCCAAGCUCCACGAAUCGCUCCGGGCACUAUCAUGUUUCUUCCUCCAAAAGACCGGGUUUGCAACGGUGCAUAUACGGACCCUGAGUUGCACACUGGAGCUUAUAAUCACCCUGUGGUAAUUAUUUCUUGCCCCGAAGACCAACCGAUGAAACAUCAUUCCCUCGUUGAGGUCGCAAUCAUGACAUCCUUUAACGGAACGUCUAUACGGAAACACCUCGCUGCAAAAGGUAUAGAGAUCCGAACUGAAGCGCUUGCAGCACAACGUGCGGGCUAUCUCCGUGUGGUCACGACUUCCAAACCACACACGCACGAUACGCUAAAAUUGCGAAAUGGAAAGGGGAUGAAGCGGGACUGCUCGUACGUUGGCAUAAGAGAGACAUACCGUGUACAAUUGAGCGCGCUUGCCUUGUAUGGAUCUGCGAAGGAGGAGGUUGACAGGUACCGGCUAACCGGUCAUGCGACGAAGAGGCUCGUUGAGGCAGUGGGCGAUGCGGCGGCAAAGAGGUGUCGGGGGGGGAAGGCAAGGAAUCGGCAUGAAGGGAAACCAAACCAUGAUGAAAGCAAAACAAACCAAAAAGAAUUCCAUGAAGAGGAGGCUGAAAUGCUGGUGGGGAGAGUAGAGAAGGUAGAACUGAGGCUAGAAAAGGCCAAGGAGACCAGGAACAAAGUGGCCAGAAAACGGCAACAGAUUAGGAAGAGCCCAAAAGAAGAAAUACUGGUUAAAAAGAAAACGGCUUCCAAAAGGACUUUGGGAAAAGCUGGACCUGUUGGGCGCAAGAAGGAGAGUUUGCGAACCCAACGGGCUACAGUCGAUACUACAGCUGAAGCCUACGGCCCUAUGCCCGCAUCCUCGACUCACGGCAUUCCUUGGCAGACACACAUACUAUUAGGUCCGGUUGGGUAA